AUUUUCUUCUGACAAUGGUCACUUUCAUUCCACUCCUGACCAGCAGGUGGCGGUAAUGAAAUGUUCUUUCCCUGCGACUUCAAAGCCUUUCACAGCCGAACCCAAACCGACCAGAAGAGUAGAGAGCGUCACCAGGUUCUAUCGCCUGUCAACAUGGCAACUGGAGUGGAUCAAGCCGUCGGCAUGGGUCUUGUUCUUUUCAGCCUUUCUCUGUUUUCAUACUACUCUGUUUGGGUCAUUGUACUGCCUUUCAUGGACAGUGAUCACAUACUGCACAAGUAUUUCCUUCCUCGUGAGUACUCCGUCAUCCUGCCGGGCAUCGCAGCGGUAGUUUUGCUCCUCCUUAUAGGGACUUUUACAGCAGCUGUUGUGUGGAUGAAUCACAAGCCAAAGAAAGCAGAUUAAUCCUACUUCAUUUGGGAAAACGGAACUUUAAAAAGUCACAUUUUUGCUGGAUUUCUGAACAAACGGGUUCAUUUAACAUCAUCUAACAGUCUGAACAGAUGGGUUUGGUUUUGUUUACAAUAAUAAACAUUUUCACAUUGA